AUGACACGUACUAAGAACUUUGCAACAAUAGUGAAUAAAGAUGGUAAUGACACCAUGCAGACGAUGGAAAAUGUCAUUGAGCCUAUUCCAAUCAAACCAGUCGAUAUAGUUGAUGGAGAACACGUGGUGGAAUGGACAGAAGUAGAAGUUGAUCGUAUGAACAUAAUUGAGAAGCUCCAAUAUGCUGUAAUUGGUAAGUUCUCAUAUGGUUGGCUGGAACUUGAAGAAUUGAGGAAUCGGAUUCCAUUGCAGUGUGGGAUUAAAGGAGACUGUCGUAUUGGAUUGUUUAGAAAUAGACAUAUCCUUAUGAGGUUUGAAAGGUUUAAAGACUACCUACAGAUAAUGGCAAAAACGACUCAUUACAUUAAGUCGAGAGAUGGAGGAAUGUACCAGAUGAGGCCUUUGUUAUAUGAUACUAGAUUCAAAAUUGAUGAGGAAACUACAAUGGCGAUGGCUUGGAUAUCCUUUCCAAAUUUAUUGCCAACUAUCUUUGUGAAGAACUCUUUAUUCUCUCUAGCAUCAGCAGUUGGUAAACCGUUGCAUCUGGAUAUGGCCACUAUUAAUAAAACUCGACCAAACUGUGCUACAGUUAAAGUUAUAGUAGAUCUUGCUGCUAAUCUUCCAAAAGUAGUUAACAUGAAGAUCACAGAUGAGAAGUAUGGUAUUUCUAGGAUUGUCAAGGUACAAAUUCAGUAUGAUGUUUUACCCAAAUACUGCACAAGGUGUAAGAUGCAGGGUCAUAAUGAAGAAGGUUGCAGGAUCUUACAUCCAGAACUGAGAGUGGUACAUGUAGAAAAAGAAGACAAGGGAAAGACUGCAGAAUCUCAAGAUGCUUAG